AGUGUUCUUAUUCCAUUAAGGAUAAGGGAUGGAGAAGUUAAUCUCCUCUUUACAAAACGGUCACGUAAACUAAGAACCCACCCAGGAGCUGUAUCUUUUCCUGGAGGGAUUAAAGAUAGAGGCGACAAGGACGAUGCAGAUACUGCUCUUCGUGAAGCGGAAGAGGAAAUCGGAUUAAGGCGGGAAAAUGUUGAAGUAGUAGGAAAUUUACCACCAAUUUAUGCUUCUCCGCCGACUUCAGUUGUCCCAGUUAUUGGAAUGAUAAAAGACGAGUUCGAAUCAAUUUUAAAUAGAGAUGAAGUAGAUUUUGUAUUUUAUGUGCCUUUAAGAUUUUUU